UUCUGAAUUAUUACCUGUCUGCCUGCAUGUGUUCACGCCGUAUUUGUCAUUCAUGGCCAGCCGGAGCCUUCCUAGAUGCAAACAAAGAUGGCCCCAGUCCUCUGGGGGUGUUUCCUCCUGUGGAAUCUCCACAUCUCGUCCUCCCAGACCGUCUACCCUGGAAUCAAGGCGAGAGUUACCCAGCGGGCACUGGACUAUGGUGUUCAGGUUGGAAUGAAAAUGAUGGAGCAAAUGGUAAAGGAAAUGAGCAUUCCAGACCUGAGAGGUUCUGAGUCCCUUGAAUUCCUAAAGAUUGACUACGUGAAGUACAAUUUUUCAAACAUAAAAGUCAAUGCCUUUUCAUUGCCAAAUACCUCCUUGACCUUUGAGCCCGGAGUGGGCAUCCGAGCACUGACCAACCAUGGCACUGCCAACAUCAGCACCAACUGGGAAGUCAGGUCUCCCCUGUUCCAAGACUCAGGAGCUGCUGAUCUGUUUCUCUCUGGAAUCUACUUCACUGGCAUUAUUAUCCUGACCCGAAAUGACUUUGGUCAUCCAACCCUGAAGCUUGAAGACUGCUAUGCCCAAGUGAGCCAUGCUCAUGUCUCGUUUUCUGGAGGCCUCAGUGUCCUGUAUAACUCCUUUGCUGAGCCCAUGGAGAAACCAAUCUUAAGGAACCUAAAUGAAAUGGUCUGUCCCAUUGUCAUCAAUGAGGUGGAAGCACUUAAUGUCAACAUCAGUGCCCUGGAGGUUUUAAGCAAAAUUGACAACUAUACCGUGCUGGACUAUUCCCUGAUCAGUUCUCCAGAAAUCACUGAGAACUAUCUUGACCUGAAUUUGAAGGGCGCGUUCUACCCACUCGAGAGUCUCUCCGACCCUCCCUUCGCGCCAGCCCCCUUCGAGCUGCCAGAGCGCAGUGACUCCAUGCUGUACGUCGGCAUCUCAGAGUAUUUCCUUCAAUCUGCGUCAUUUGCUCACUUCACGUCUGGGGCUUUCAGGGUCCUACUGUCCACCAAGGAGAUUUCCAACCAUUUCAGCCAAAACUCUCAAGGAAUUGCCCACUUGAUCUCCCAGAUUGCAGAGAUCUACAUCUUGCCCCAGCCCUUCAUGCUUCAGAUCAUGGCUACAGAGCCUCCUGAGAUCCACUUACAUCCUGGCAACUUCACCCUGGACAUCCCGGCCUCCGUCAUCAUGCUCACCCAGCACGAGAACUCCACUGUUGAGCCCAUUGUCUCCAUGGACUUCGUGGCUAGUACCAGUGUUGGCUUGGCUAUUUUGGGACAAAAACUGGUCUGCUCCUUGUCUCUGAACAGAUUCCGUCUCUCUUUGCCAGAAUCCAAACACAGAGAUGUUAAGGUGGUGAGGUUUGAGAAUAUCCUGUCUUCCAUCCUUCACUUUGGAAUCCUCCCACUGGCCAACACAAAGCUGCAGCAAGGAUUUCCUCUUCCCAACCCCCACAAAAUCUCAUUCGUCAAUUCAGAUAUUGAAGUUCUUGAGGGUUUCCUUUUGAUUUCCACCGACCUGAAGCAUGAAACUUCUUCAAAGCAACAGCCUAUUCUCCAUAGCUGGGGAGAUCUGAACCCCAUAACUGGAACAUGGAGGAAAAAGCCAGUGCCUUGAUUGCCUUGUGCAAUCCACCCCGAGAGUAAACAGCCCUCAGUCCCGCAGCUACUGAAAACCUGGAGGAGGAAGACCAUGAGUACUGGAAUUUCAAAGUCGUUGGAACAGGACUCUCUGGGAACCCUCAGAGGGGUAGAGGGAGGCAGACCAGGCUAAAGGGUUAAACAGGGACAUGGCAGGGACAGGGGUGGAUGUGAGUGUCUGAAAGUAUGUCAUGUGUCUGGUUAUAAUCUGGGAACAAGACUGAAGUAAGGACACCUGACCAGGUGAAUAAGAAACUGAAGUCUGUCUUCAUGGCAAUAGGUUUGUGUGUGUGUAAAGAUCCAUCCCUUUUGCUCUUCAGAGAUUCCUCC